AUGACGACGCCAGCAAACGCCUCCACAACAACUUCCGAGGCUUCGACGACGUCAUCGGCAUCAACAGCCGGCGCCGCGGCCCCCGCGCCGAAGGUGUCCGAACAAGCGGCUCAAACCUCCAAGCCGGCGGCACGCCCGCAGCGCAAGCUCCGCGCACGCAAGGCGGCGAUGAAACUAUCCCCCGCGGCCGUGGAGCAGCUGCGCGCACUGCUGGACCAGCCGGAGCCGAAGCUGAUCAAGGUCAGCGUACGGAACAGGGGCUGCUCGGGUCUGGCUUACCACCUUGAGUAUGUCGACAAGCCCGGCAGCUUUGACGAGGAGGUCGUGCAGGAUGGUGUCAAGGUGUUGAUCGACAGCAAGGCGCUAUUCAGCAUCAUUGGCAGCGAGAUGGACUGGGUCGAGGACAAGCUCAGCCAGCGGUUUGUGUUCAAGAACCCUAACAUCAAGGAGCAAUGUGGCUGUGGCGAGUCCUUCAUGGUAUGA